UCGCCGCGGGGCCGGCGGGCGGAGCGCAGGGCGGCGCCAUGGCGGACGAGGAGCUGGAGGCGCUGCGGAAGCAGAGGCUGGCCGAGCUGCAGGCGAAGCACGGGGAUCCUGGCGAUGCUGCCCACCAAGAGGCUAAGCAAAGGGAAGCAGAAAUGAGAAACACUGUGUUAGCCCAAGUUCUGGAUCAGUCAGCCCGGGCCAGGUUAAGUAACUUAGCACUUGUAAAGCCUGAAAAAACUAAAGCAGUAGAAAACUACCUUAUCCAGAUGGCAAGAUAUGGACAGCUCAAUGGGAAGGUGUCAGAACAAGGCUUAAUAGAAAUACUUGAAAAAGUAAGCCAACAAACAGAAAAGAAAACAACAGUUAAAUUCAAUAGAAGAAAGGUAAUGGACUCGGAUGAAGAUGACGAUUACUGAAUAAAAGAUGUUCAGGGACUUGAUGGAGUCGUUCUGGGCAGUUACAUACAAUCCGUUACGUAUUUACUUUGUUUACUGUCUAUAUAUGCCUUUUGGAAAAUAAACUUGUUAUGCAAACUCAA